AUGAAUAUAACGUGUGUGGCUUUUUUACAUGCACCCUCCCUCUGAUUAUACCAAGCAGCAGAGGAUUCACAUCCUCAUUGUGACUCUUGUCACAAGCUUCUUUGGACUUGAGGAAGUUAAAUGGUUUUGGAUUUCCCCAAUUUAUAGGGCAAUUAUGUUUGCUGUAAAAAAGAAAGCAGUGGCAGUUUUUUUGGUGGUCUUGGCUGUGAGUGGCACAGCCAUGCUCAUUCACCACUGGAAUUCAUACACAAUUACAACGAUUGAUGUGCUACAAGGACCAGACUCUUUAAAAGUGAUACUGGAGGAAAAGAUAAAAAACAUGGAGCACAAAAAUGACCAUAUUCCCUAUCAUGUCAAAGAAAGCCUGUCAAAGAGUCUUGCCAAUAAUGGGUGUGUUUGUGAAGGUGACAAACCAGGCAUUAAUUUCCCAUUUGCUCAGCUGCUGUUUCCUCAAGUAUCAGCUACCCAGCUACAUGCAUCCUUAAAGGAUUCAGACCUGCAAAAAGCAAAGCAAUACAGAAAUAAAGAGUAUCACAGUUUCCGUAAGAGGAUGUAUACAGCUGCAGACUCUCUUAUCAUAGCUGAAGCCAACAGCCCUCUUCAGUACCCUACACAGGGUGUGGAAGUCAGACCAACAAGGACCAUUCUAAUUCCUGGUUUAAGUCUCAACCAAAUAUACAAAAAGGACCCUUAUUUGGUAGAUCUGAUUGCUACAAUGGGAACAUUCAAUACAGCAGCGCUGGUGGAUGGAGUGCAAGUCAAAGGGGAAGGGGAGAUGCAUAUUAGUUUUAUAAGUAGAUCACUGGCUUCCCUGAACAGACAGCUAGAAUUUGUUACCUACACAAACUCACGGUUCCAUCCCAACACAGCAGACAUAGUACAAUUUAAAGCAGGUAAAUUCCAGGCCUCCUUCACUGUUAAGAUCAGACAUCCACCAAUGCCUACAUUCUAUAAUCCCGGACCCAAAAAUGAAUAUGAUAUAAGCACUCUUGUCACAAUUGCCACAAAAACAUUUCUACGCUAUGAUAAACUUCAGGAUUUGAUCAAUAGCAUUCGACAGUUCUACCCCACUAUAACUAUAGUGAUAGCUGAUGACACAGAGGAACCUAAACCUGUUACUGGACCCUACAUUGAACAUUUUAUCAUGCCCUUUGGCAAGGGCUGGUUUGCUGGCCGUAACCUGGCCGUCUCUCAGGUAGCAACCAAAUAUGUGCUUUGGGUGGAUGAUGACUUCAUUUUCACCUCAAGCACCAAACUGGAAAAAAUGGUGGAUAUUUUGGAGAGAACAACUUUGGACCUGGUGGGGGGAGCUGUGAGGGAAGUGACAGGAUACACUGCCACCUAUCGACACAUCAUCUCCACAGACGCAGGUGAUAAAGAGGGGGACUGCUUACACAUAAGGACGGGAUUCCACCACGUUAUCGAGGGAUUUCCCAGUUGUGUGGUUGCAGACGCCGUCAUUAAUUUCUUCAUGGCUCGCACAGAAAAGAUACGACAAGUGGGCUUUGACCCGCGUCUGGCUCGGGUUGGCCAUUUAGCAUUUUUUAUUGAUGGGCUCGGCUCCCUCCAUGUGGGCUCCUGUGAUGAUAUUAUUAUCAGUCAUGCAUCGAAGAUCAAGGCGAUAUUGCCAUGGGGACAGUCUGAGAACGACAAGGCCUAUUCCAAGUUCCGUUAUACUUCCACUCAGGAGACCUCUAUGAAUGAAUAUGAUCUUUAUUAUCUCAAGAAUCAUUUUAAAUGUGUCACCAGUGACUAAAUAUGGAAUGUUAAAAUGUAUGUUCUGCAAAGCACUUUCAUGGCAGACACUCUCAAACGAGCCUUUAUAAAACAAGACCAGAAAGGACAUGAAUUGGGACAUGAAUUGUGUCAUUUCGUCUCAAAACAGUUUGAAUGUGCAAGUACUUUUGUGUCUCUGGAAAACAGUGUUAUGUGACAUGUAGAAUACCAAAGGUUUUUGUGCAUAUGUAUUAAUGAUGGAUUCGUGGACACUUUGAUGUUUUUUAUAAAUUGUGGAGUAAAAAUAUUAUUUUUAUUUGUAAGAGAGAUAUUAAAGAAAAUAAUUAUUGGGGUAUCUUUCUUUUUAAAUAAUUUAGCAAUUUGUUGCCUACUAUGCCAACUAAUAUAAAUGUUUCUAUUUAUUGCCCUUUAUUAACAGAUUGGCUGAUGCAUCGUCAUUAUGAACAUUAUGUACAUUUUGCCCUAUUAGAUAAAAAAAUACAUUUGGCAGCUGUAUCUUAAAUAUAUGUUGCUGUCAAUUUAUUUAUUGUGGCAAUUUCCUUUUCAAGCCACAAGAUGGCGACAGUCCAUUAAUUUGACGGGAAAUUUUUCAACUGGCACAUGUGGGGUUUUUCUAUCCCUUAUUGAUAUUUCUCAACGAAGGUUUAUUUUUAUAAGUAAUUUAUUUAUAGAAUCAUAUCCUAAAGUCCACCAGUUAGGGUCGGAAAAAACGGUUUGCCCUUUCCCCAGUCUCUCUUAUUUUAUUUGUUUUGAUUUUUUUCUGUUGAACCACAAUAUGAUUAUGCUGGAAUUCAUAAAUGUGACGAGUAUUUUUUUUAUUUAUUUUUUUCAGUAUUUUAACUGAUCAAUAAAGGGACAAUAACAAUGUCCCUUACAUAUUAGAGCAUUGUUUUUGCCUCCCUAUGUGAAAUGUCUUCAUAGAGCAAAUAAAAACCAUUGUCAGAUCACA